AUGGCCCAUUCAGUGGCCAAUAACCCGAGGUCUCGGUCAUCGUCUCAACAUUCCCUGUCCAUCGAUAUUAACAGCCUACCCCCGCUCUCCCAACCGUCGCCGCCUUCGAACACACUUCUAAUCACCAACCUCACCAACCUCAUCCUCUUCCAACCACCUUCAUUAGACCAAAUUCGCGAAAACCUUAUGGCCGUGGCUCCACUGAACUCAUUCUCUCCACUUCCAUCCCUUCGCCGCAUUGUCUGCUCGUUCCACACCGAUGCCGACGCAAUAACCAUCCGCAAGAUGCUAGAAGGCACGAACCUCUUAAAUCAUAAUAUAACCCCAAAGAUUUAUUUCGGCGAGCCCACCCCAAUUCUAAGUGAAGAGGGCCCGAAGCUGUUGCAGGCGCCACAAAGUGACAAGCUUUUCUUCAUUUCGCCACCACCUAGUCCCCCGCAUGGCUGGGUCGUGCGCAAUGAAGACCCACCUAACAAAGAGGUGCAUGCUGACGACCUUGCGCGCGCUUUAUGUAUGCUGAAAACCGACCAUGCGGAGCCUGCAGGCGUAGAUCCUGCCACUCCAGUCUCAAUAUCAUCGGUUACGAGGACUCCAAGUUGGCCGCUUGCGGGUUCGCAGCAGCGUAGUCGCAGCAGUACUAUCAUUUACCACCCCGACGACCAUGGCCAUAGUACCAAUCUUCCUGCUGUAUUGGUUGAAGAUGUUAGUGUACAGAGUGACGGUGACGGUGACGGUGAUAUCGAUAUCGAUAUCGAUGCGCAUAUGAGUCCGGUCAAAAUGUCGGCGAAAAAAACGCCGCCUAAAACUUCUCGACCUCCUGUUGAACUGAUGGAGUAA